AUGGUGGUGACGGCAAGUCCGGACACAUAUUAUCAUUUGCUCGAAUAUGGGAUGAGAAAAACGCGACUCCGUCCUGAUCGACUUUUGCUUCAGUCCUUCAUGGCCGGAGUGUAUGUGGGUAUGGCGGGUCACUGUUGCACCACGAUUGCGGGGGGAUUUUCGGUUCAGGACGGCGACCCACUGGCGGUACCGAAGUCGCUGCAAAAGUUGAUUUACGGGAUGCUCUUCCCUGUGGCCUUUAUUGCUAUCAUUUGGACUGGCGCUGAGCUGUUUACCGGGAAUACCAUGACCAUGUUGGUUUGUAUUCUCGAGAAAAGGAUCAAGGCUUACAAUCUUUUACUAAACUGGCUAGCCAGCCUUUUAGUUUGGUUUGUUAUUGCAACGGAUGAUGGAGCUGGAAAAAUUUUAGCUCUGUGGUUUCCCAUCUUGGCAUUCUGCGUUGGCGGCUAUGAGCAUAUAAUUGCAAACUUCUACACUCUCCAAGCUGCCCUCAUGGCGGGAGCUCCCGUCUCUGUGGGGGACGUCAUCGUUAAGAACUUCAUUCCUACUCUUCUGGGCAACCUGGUUGGGGGUUGCUGUCUGAUAGGGGCAGUCUACUGGUACAACUUUUACCCCACUGUCAGUGUAAGGGAGCACCUACUGGAUGCCGGUGGAGCCAUGCCUGUGCAAGCUAUUGAAAGCGACAACACAGCAGGUGGAGAUCUGGAAGAAAAUGACAACCCGUCCUUAGGCGGCUCGCUGUCAAGAGGUGGCGUCUCCCAGGGAAUCUCGGAAGCACCCCUAGUGUCCAGCGGGCCGGGACUAAAGCGUUUUUCCGUUAUGGGCAGCAGAGUUGGUGCGCCAUCCGCGGGGCAUAUGGAAACUUCCGCUGUGAUGGUGCUGCCCAAAGAAUCGUUUGGGGGUCAUUAUAUCCUGGCCACCCCAGGGGGCGGCCCUAGUCGGCUAGGGAAAGACAUCAAACAAUUCUCUUUCUUGCCAUCGGCAAUGGGGUUGACGGGUUCGAGAGUUUCUCAGGGAAAGUCUGCAACUGAAGCAUACGAAGACGCGACGCUUAACAAUACUGCACAGGUAUGCAACACGCAGCUCUUCAGCCAUAAGGUCCCAAGCGCGAAAGGUAACAUUGGUCGCUAA